UAAGGUAUCCCUUUUACCCUUCCUGAUGUUCCUAGUACCCACCGUAAAAUCUUAUAUUCUGUUCUUUACUCCUACCUAAGUGUUGGAAUAUAGAUGAAUAUACCCGUAUGUGCUUGUGUGUGUAGAAUAUAGAUAGACAUAAUAUCGAAGAAGAAAAGCUUGGUGAAGUUUUUAAUACCAUAUUACCACGCUUUGAUAUGAGGAACUAGGUUUGUCUUGAAGACACAUCAAAAUAUAUUUAGGUUGUUACAAAAGUUGAUAUUAUUUGUUAAUUUGCAAUGCUCUUUCAUUGAUGGUGAUUCCAUAUUUAUUAUAUAUGGAAGAACUAGAAUAAAUGUUACAUUUUUUUCAAUUAAAAAUAUAAGAUUCAAUGAAUGUCAAAGGCAAUUCACAGAAAAAGUCUAAUAAAGAAUUAUCAUUAGCAAUGAUACCUAAGAUUAUGCCAGGAACAACAUCGACCAAAUCUGAUGAUAACAUUUUAUUAAAUCCUGUUAAUAUAUUUGUUAAAUCAGAAGAAGAAAUGUGUAUUUCUUCUAAUAAAACUGCCCAAAGUAAUACGUACAAAAUUAGAGACAUUAGUGAUUCAACUGUACAAUCUACUGUAGAUCAAAUAGGAUUAUGCGAUACUUCAAUUUUAUAUCAAAACAAUGCAUCUAACCAAGGAACUGGUGAUAUGAAGCAUGAUCUCGAAUCGCACCAAUCCAAUAUAGAUUCACAUAAAAUAAGCAAUAAAGAACUCAUUGCGAGUACAGAAUCAAAUUCUGUAUCGCAGAAAGAAAUAAAAAAUGAACUGAAACCUGCUAAUUCUAUUAUGAUACCUUCUGGGCAACCAAGAAAAAGAGGAAGACCUAGGAAGUAUGUGUGUAUUCAAACUCCAGAUGAAUGUGAUAACUAUGUUUCACAGCAACAGAUUUCCAAUUCGGAAACAUCAACAUAUCGUACAAAAAAUUCUUCUAAUACUUCAGUAGCUGAAUCCAACAGUAAAUCUUCCAAUAAAAAUAUUAAAGUAGACAUUUCUGACAAUAUUAAUAUACCUAAGCGAAGAGGACGUCCUCCAUCGAAACAUAAAAAUAUUAUUAAAAGUGAAGUUAAAAAUAGUAAUAAGAGAAAAGAAGCCAUUCAUACUCCUAAUAUUGAACAAAUAACACAGGUAUCUAACUUAGCUGCAAUAUCAAAGGAAAAUAAUAGAUUAAAUGAAGUAAAGAAUGAAGAGAUACAAAUAAGUAAGUGCAUGAGAUGUGGAAUAGAAAUAGUAAAAGGACAAUGGGAAACCCAUAAUUUAAUGAAACAUAACAACAUGGGCUGGUAUGAGGGAGAAGAAUCAAUGGAAUUUCAAAAUGAUAACAAAUUAUUGAAAAGGGUAUUAUCUAUUGCCAUAAAAAAAAGGAAAGGACAACUUGCUUGCGAACAAUGUGGAGCAAUAAAACGUAGUGUUAAUGGAUUUAUAUCACAUAUUCAAUUUUGUGGUAAAUCGGAUGAUGAAAGAAGAGCAUUAAUGGUAACAUGUCCCGUGUGCAAUGCUAUUAUGAUGCCAUCAUCUAUGGAAAUUCAUGAACGACUUCAUAGAGAUUUGAAAUAUAAUAAACGUAAACAUCUUCCAAUCGAACUUGUAGAAAAUGAAAAAGUAAAACGUAAAGCUGCUGAAAAAGCAGUGUCGAAAAUAUUACAGUUUACAGAACUUGUGAAAGAAGAACAACAAUCUAAAAAGAUGGAUUUAGAUUCUUCUGUAUUGAAAAACAUUCAAAUGCCGGAAUUUAAAAAGAAAAUACCGUCUAUUUGGAAAUCUUUAUGGAAGAAGGAAUUACAAUCAAAAGGCAUCACGCAAUGUCGUCAAAUAGCAUGCGAUUUUACAAGUAAUUCGUACGACGACAUGUGUAAACAUUCUUCUCAAUGUAAUUUUACACCUCAAGAGAAAUUUAUUUGUAAAAUAUGCAAAUUUGAAACUAAAAGUAAAGAAAUAAUUAUGGAACACGUCAAAGAUAAUCAUUCGGAAAUAGAAAAUAACGCAGAUAAUUCACCUGAUUUUAAACAGGGAGAUACAACUGAUGAUGAAAGUGAAGACAAUUUAGGUUUAAAAUUUGAACAGCAAUAUCAUAUUGCACCUUCGGAGAAAGAAAAAUCAGCCAGCUUAAUGAUGUUUUUGGACGAUCCGCACGCAUUAAGAGCAUCCUGGAGUAAAUGUUAUGCGCCUGCUUUUAAAUGGACAAUGGAAUUCGAGAUGGAGAAUUAUGAAUUUCAAUUAUACGAUGAUUAUCUUCCCAAUCCGUUUGUACUAUUAAAUAAUGAAGAUGCAAAACAAUAUUUACCACCAUUAAAAGUAUCAAUGGCUACAAAAACAGUAACCGUAAAUUCAUCUACCAAUACGAAACACGGGGAAGAAGAAUGGAGAUAUUGGAAAACAUUUGAAGGGGGAAUUUCAGAAGAUUUACCAGCAUUUUUUACUGGCGGACCUGUAUGGGCCUUAGCAUGGUUACCUAUACCAGUUUAUGCGUACCGUAAAGCACCUGACCAAUAUAUAGCAAUAAGUACACAUCCAGAAAUGGAGAAUGAAUUUGUUGUAGGAAAGGCACAUUCAGGACCUAAUAUGAUACAAAUAUGGAAUAUGGGUAAAUUAAAUAACGAGUUGAAACCUGAAAUUAGUACUCCUACUCUUUCAUAUGCAAUAGUACAUGAUAGUAGUACAAUUUGGUCUUUUGAGUGGUGUCCAUCUGGAUGUUACCAGGAUGACACUUUAAAUAAUUAUAAAAAAGGAACAUAUAGAAGGAUGGGUUUAUUAGCUGCUGCCUGUUCGAAUGGUUCUGUCUAUAUUUACUCAUUACCAUUUCCAGAAGAACUUAGGUUCAGCAAAUCUGAAACUAAUAAUCUACCAAUUUACAAGACUGAUCCUGUACUGAUAUUAGUUGUAAAUAGUAUUAUGUAUGAUAAUGGUAAACAGAAUUGGCAAUGUACCGAAAUAUCGUGGACAAAAGAACGUGGCCACAAUAUUAUCGCUGCUGGUUUUUCAAACGGCUAUGUUGGAGUAUGGGAUCUCACAGGGGACUCACCAUUGUUAAAACAAAAACAAAACAAUUCAAUUGUAAUGAAUACAUUUUCACAUUUUUUUGCUCAUGGUAACGCUGUUAGUAUGGUGGCAAUAAUUCCAUACAAUGGUCAGCGAUUCUUAGUUUCAGCCAGUAUAGAUAGGUCUUAUAAGGUAUGGGAUUUAGAAAAUAUAAGUUGUCCUCAAGAAACCAUAAAAAAAGGAAUUAUAACUGAUGGAGCAUGGAUGCUGCAUUGGCCUAGUGCUGUGAUUGGUUUUGAUGAUGCUUUAAGCUAUAGACAUACAAACUCGUACUUAGUUUCUGUAAGAGAACAUGGAUAUAGAUUGUGCCCUGUCCUUCCAACUAAUUCACCAACAUAUAGUAUUGCUGUAUCCGAUCACGCAAAUAGUAUAGCACACGGUACUUACGCUGGAGAAAUUCUUUCUAUUUUUCCACAUCAGUUAUUAUAUACAAAAGAUUUAGACAAGAUAUUACCAAGAAAAAGACAAUUAAACUCUUAUAUUGAAAUAGUAGAUUUUGAAAAACCAACAAAACCACCAAAGGAGAAUCUUAAUGAAUGUAAUGAUAAAGGAAACAAAUCAAAACCUUAUGAUUACAUGCCUGAGACGUAUGAUGGAUGUAAAGAACGUUUCGGUCUUAUAAUUCAUAAUAAUUUUGCGAAAAUAUAUGACAAAUUAGCGAAGGGUAUAAACCAACAAAUUUUAUAUUCUGAUAAGUUGACACUUGUUCCCAUUGAAAGAUACCCUUUUACAUCUGUGAAUAAAGUAUGCUGGAAUCCAAAUAUGUGGAGUCAUUUAUGGCUUGCUGCAGGUUAUCAUAAUGGACUAGUAAGAUUCUUGAAUUUUUCAUUUAUGUCACCGACACAUGACGUGAAUAAGUUAAUACAAGCGCAUGCAGAAGCUUUCUUAAAAAGGAUCAAUAAUCAAAGUAAAAAUGUUAAUUAGAAUAUAGAAAUAUGAAUUUAACAACAUUGGCUAAACAAAUACAAGAUCAAUAUGUC